AUGUCCUCCAGCGCAGGUCACCUCAAGGAUGAGGGUUCGAAGCUCCAAGUCAUAUCGGCUGGCGCCAUCGCCGGCCUCUUUUCCAGGUACGCCAUUUUGAGGCCCCCUCCCCCGGGGCGAACCCCAUCUCACAAAGGUAGAUUCGUUGUCGCGCCCCUCGACGUCGUCAAGAUUCGCCUCCAGCUCCAGCCACACUCCCUCUCCGACCCCCUUCUCCCACUGCGCGAGGCGCCCGCAUACCGAGGGACCGUUGGCACUCUCAAGCACAUCCUUCGCCACGAGGGCCUCACGGGCCUCUGGAAGGGCAAUGUCCCCGCCGAGCUCCUGUACGUCUGCUACGCCGCCGUGCAGUUCACGACGUACCGCACCACGACCCUCCUACUCCGGACCUCGCUGCCGACGAAGCUGCCCGACGCUGCCGAGAGCUUCGUCGCCGGCGCCACCUCGGGCGCCGUCGCGACGAGCCUGACCUACCCCCUCGACCUGCUGAGAACGCGAUUCGCAGCCCAAGGGAGGCGUCGCGUCUACGACUCGCUGCGGAGCGCCGUGCGGAACAUUGGCCGGGAUGAGGGCUGGAGAGGCUACUUUCGUGGUCUCGUCCCCACCCUGGGCCAGAUCAUCCCCUUCAUGGGCAUCUUCUUCGCCACCUACGAGGGCCUCAGGGUCCAACUGGCCGGCCUGCACAUGCCCUGGGGUAGCGGCGACGCCACGGCCGGCAUCUGCGCGAGCAUCAUCGCCAAGACGUCCGUCUUCCCCCUCGACCUGGUGCGCAAGCGAAUUCAGGUCCAAGGUCCGACGAGGAACAAGUACGUCUACAACAACAUGCCCGAGUACACGACGGCCAUCCGCGGCAUCCGCAUGAUAGCCAGGACGGAGGGCAUCCGAGGCCUCUACAAGGGGCUGUCCGUCAGUCUGAUCAAGGCGGCGCCGGCGAGUGCCGUCACCUUGUGGACGUACGAGCGCAGCCUGAAAUACAUCAUGAGCCUGGACGCGAACCGAGAGUCACCCUUGUAA